AUGAAAGCUAUAGUCGAACAUGUACAGCUACAAUUUAUCCCGGAGAUCGACAGCAACGUUGCUUCACUCUGUGUGGAACAAAAUGUGAUGUGCUUUGCACUGAAGUCAGGAUACUUAUUCGUUAUAGACCUAGCCACACCUUCAAAGGUGACGAAAUUCCGAUUCCCGCUGCUGGCAGCACCUCAAGAGAAAGUCCUUAAAGUUUGGAUGGAUUCCAGGGCCUCAAUGCUUUUUUUGAAAACUAAUUUUGCCAAAUACUACAGUCUUCCAAGAGCCGUUCUGGGGACAGACAAUUCAGACGGGAUAGUACACUUGAAGAGACUUUCAAAAAAGAGCACCGAUAUCUUAGCUGUAGCAUGGGUGGGUGAAAAACACAUUUUGUGUGGGACUUCAGAUGGAAACGUCUAUUGGGUCGAUCUGGAGCAUGAAAAUGCGAUCUCAAGGGUGUUCAAGUCCAAAACACCGAUUGAUGGAAUCAUUUACAAGAAGGGACAAGCUGCAUUGUUGAGCAGUAGGGACAAAAUAUGGUUCUGGAGUAAAGCUAACGACCCUUUGAAAACUUUCACUGGGGAUAUUGCCCCAGAAACAGAGGAGUUCGAGCAACUGGACACAGCGACAGGGAAAAGACUAACACUUCAUAACGACACAUUUGCCUGGAUUGGUGGCCCGGGUGUGAUUUUUGGGAGUGUUAAAAAAUCAAAUGAUGUUUUGAGCAGUGCUACUGUUCUGCUGGCUGCUGAACUGCCUGCUUCAACGCAUAAAAUCAAAGACAUUUUUCUAAGCAAGUUCCACAUACUCAUUUUGAGAGGAAACGAGAUGACCAUAGUGAAUAGACUCAACAACGCAGUAGUGGGACAGAAGACCAUCUGGACUAACGGCCCGGAAAAGAUCUUAGAGUUUACGGCAGAUUAUUCGCAAGAGCCACCCACUUUUUGGUGUCAUUCUAUCAGCAACAUUUACGAAAUCAUCAUACAGGAUGAAGCAGAAGGUAUCUGGAAAGUUCUCUCUGAUCAGAAACGCUUCGAUGAAGCCUUGCAGCUUGACAAUUUGAACUUGGAAGAAAAAAACCAACUGUAUCUUCGCAAGGCAGAUCAUCUUUUUGCAUUAGGCAAUUUGGAAAAAGCUGCAGAGAGUUAUGGCAAGUGUUCUAUCGUCGGUACCGGGGAAGUAGCACUUAAGUUUAUGAAGAUUCCGACGGCAAUGAAUGCAUUGCAAACCUAUCUUCUUACCAAAUUAGAUGUUGCCAAGACGAAACCAAACAACGAAGUGCAGCUUAUUCUUGUUACCAACUGGAUAGUGUGGAAUUUUGUGCAAAUGUUGAAUUCGAUUGAUGAAUCUAUAUCAUCAGAACAGAAUGCUCAAAACUUAGAGCCUUUGCACAACGGUAAGAAUGACUUAAAGUCUACAUUUGCUACGUUCUUGGAACAGAACGUCUCCGUCCUCGACAAAGAAACGAUUUACCAAAUAAUGUCUCACCAAAAUCGGAAAAUGGAGGUUCUAAUGUUUGCGAGGCUCAUAAAGGACUACAAAUAUGUGCUAUCUUACUGGAUUAGGUCCAAAAACUGGUACGAGUCCUUAAAAGUCUUAAUGACCACUCAGGAUCUCGAAUGCAUUUACAAGUAUGCCACUACUCUGAUCACAAACUCCCCUGAUGCUACUGUUAACGCUUGGAUGCAUGUUCCAACAAUAAAUCCAUCGGAACUUGUGAAUCCGCUGCUCACUUACUAUGCAAGGUAUCAAAAGCUGACCCCUCAAAUGAGUUCGCUGCAUACUAACACAAAUUACGCGCUGAAGUACCUUAUGUGGUGUUUCAAGAAACAGGAAUACCAAAGCUCACUCGAACCCGUAGUUUACAAUGCAGCACUGUAUAUGAUGAUCGCCUCUCAUGACGCCAAAAACAGAGAAGACGAAAUCAUAGCAUUCAUAGAAAAUAACAUGGGGCAUUUUGAUAACGACUUCGUUUUACGAUUGAGUAACAAGUUUUCGAGAAACAGAGUUUCCGUUUACUUGUAUUCGCAACUAAAACAGUAUGAAGAGGCGGUGACGCUGGCAGUUGGGAAAGGUUUAUUGGACGAUGCAAAAUUGGUUGUGGCCAGCUUGGAAGUGGAUUCAAAUUUUCGUUUGCGCCGUAAGUUGUGGUUGACUAUCGCCAAAUUCAUGAUGUGCGACCAAACUGAUAUCAAAAGCACUAUCAAAUCUAUUUUGCGAGAUGCCAAUGAUACUUUGACGAUAAAAGAUCUGCUACCACUCUUCAACGAGAUCACAACGGUUGCGAAUGUGAAGGAUGAGCUUAUUCGUAAUUUAGAAGAGCACAACGCGGCCAUGAUCCAUGUCACCCAGGAAAUUAAAGAGUCAAUCAAAAUCAAAAAAGAAAUCGUCGAGGAUAUUGAGCUUCUCAAAACCCGCUAUCAAGCUCUCGAGCCCGGUGCAUCGUGUGAUGUCUGUCGCAAGGUUCUUCAGACUCGUAAAUUCUACGUUUUCCCCUGUGGACAUUCAUUUCAUACCGAUUGUUUGAUGAAAGAGAUAUUGCAAUCAUCCGACUACGCACUUCGAAACAAAAUUGAAGUGUUCCAAAGAGCUACGAUGAAAAAUCGGGUCAAGGAUUUGGUUGCCCUCGAAGAACUCGACAAAUUACUAUCCACCAAAUGUUGUUUUUGCAGUGACAUUAAAAUAAACAGCAUUGAUGAACCACUAGCAGUAAACGAAAUCGAGCAAGAAGCAUGGAACAUAUGA